AUGUAUCACGAAAAGGUCAUCUCCCACUAUGAGAGGCCUAGAAACGUCGGCUCUCUCCCAAAGGAGGACAAGGACGUUGGUACAGGCCUUGUUGGCGCGCCUGCAUGCGGCGACGUUAUGAAGUUGCAGAUUCGCGUCGACGAAGACGGCAUCAUCUCUGAUGUCAAGUUCAAGACAUUCGGCUGUGGCAGCGCCAUUGCCUCCAGCUCGUAUAUGACGGAGCGCGUCAAGGGCCUCUCGCUCGAGGAGGCUGGCAAGAUCAAGAACACUGAGAUUGCCAAGGAGUUGUGCCUCCCACCGGUCAAGCUCCACUGCUCCAUGCUUGCCGAGGAUGCUAUCCGUUCCGCCAUCCGUGACUACAAGCGCAAGCGCGACACAAUGGCGGAACCCAAGCAGAAGGGCUUCAUCGACGUCUCCCAGAGCACGGUCACCGGCCAGACAACAGCGACCGCGCACCCCGGCCAAGCCUAA